AUGGCCGUGCUCUCGCCCCCGGCCUCGCGGUACGCUUUUGAACCGUCAGCAACUACGGCCGCCAUCCCCCCACUCGGCAGCGUCCAUCCGGUUGACGGGUCGCCGCUGCUAGAGCCCGCCCACAACACCAGCUUCGGCUCGUCGGGCUACUUCAUUGACCGGCCCGGCUCGUCCAUUGGCUACGGCAAUGAGAACGACGUGCCGGCCUUCGAGCCCCAGACCGAGCUUGUUUUGCAGGGAUUCACCCAGGACCUGAAAACGUUCACCAAUUGGGUCAAGCACCUGAACCCGGAGGAGCAGAAGACGUGCAUGGACGUGUUUCUGGCGGAAAUCAAGGACGAGGUGUGGCAGUAUGUCAAGAGCAAGGUCAACGACACCGCCACCCGGACGCAGAACGAGCACGGAAUUCUUUUUUCGCCGCCGCUUUCCAGCAACAACCUGUACCAGGCGCCGAUGCGGCCUGUUUCGCCGCUGCUUGCGCUGAACUCGGAGUCGGCGACGCUGGACUCGAUCCUGAGCGACGACCAGACCGCAGACCCGCUCGCACAGCCGAAACCGGUGCACCAGCUACCGUCGCAGAUGCGCACGGGCAACUCGUUGUCGCACGUGAUAGGCAGCGACCCAGUGAUGCGGCCGCGCAGCGCGGGCCCGAUGCACUCGGAUUUGACGCUGACGCCGCUGAACGGGCAGUUCCAGCGCGCGUCGCAGCUGGGCGCGCAGACCAAGCAGCACCAGUCGCAGUCGACGGCGCCCCUGCUGCGCGUCUUCUCGCCGGACGUGGACCCGUCGGGCUUCCAGAGACGCACCAAGGAGUUCAUGGAGCCGGCUGGCAGCGGCCAAUUUGGGCUCACGUCGGCAGAUUUGGGCGGCUCCAACGCCAUCAAGCUGUCCAACUCGUUGAACACCAUCACGCACCGCUCCAAGAUCGACCACAGCAGGACCAAACAGACCAACUCGUCUGCGCCAACGUGGAGUAGCAUUGUGGCCGCCUCGGACGACAGAGGCCGCGGAGCGGUGAGACGCGCGUCGCAGAACCAGUCGAGCUCGCUGCCUCCUGCACCCCGUGGCUCGUCGAAGUUCGAGACACCGGCGAAAAGCUCGAUCCACUCGCCACAGCCAAAAGUGGCCGCCAAAUCGCCGUCACACGCUCCCGUGCCGCCAAAAUCGCCGGUGCCAAGGGACAUCGCGUCCAAGUCGCUGCUCGCAGACAUCCCGGCGUGGCUGAAGACGCUCAGGUUGCACAAAUACACAGAAAACCUGCAGCACCUCAAGUGGCCCGAAAUGAUCGAGCUGAGCGACGCGCAACUCGCGGAACUGGGCGUGAGCACGGUGGGCGCCCGCAACAAGCUGCUCAAGUCAUUCGCGUUUGUGAAGGAGAACUUACACGACUAA